GGUGAGCUUGAACAACAACUUCUGCAGGCUAACCCUGUUUUGGAAGCUUUUGGAAAUGCAAAGACUGUUAAAAAUGACAACUCCUCAAGAUUUGGCAAGUUUAUUCGUAUUAAUUUUGAUGCCUCUGGUUUUAUUGCGGGUGCCAACAUUGAAACUUAUCUUUUGGAAAAAUCUCGAGCCAUUCGUCAAGCAAAGGAUGAACGUACCUUCCACAUUUUUUAUCAGUUAUUUAAUGGUGCUUCCUCAGAACAGAAAAAGGAAUAUCUUCUGGAAGACAUGAAGAAUUAUACAUUCCUUAGCAAUGGGAAUGUCCAAGUUCCAGGAAUUGUUGAAAGCCAAGAAUUCAAAAACACUGUUAAAGCCAUGGAUAUCAUGGGCUUGACACAAGAUGACCUAAGUGCCAUAUUCCGAGUAGUUUCUUCUGUGGUGUUAUUUGGGAACAUGAAGUUUAAACAAGAAAGAAAUUCAGAUCAAGCAACACUGCCUGACAACACUGUUGCCCAGAAAGUCAGCCAUUUGCUGGGUCUCAAUGUCACAGAGAUGACAAAAGCUUUCCUAAAGCCUCGACUGAAAGUUGGACGUGACUAUGUAACCAAGGCUCAGACCAAAGAGCAGGUGGAAUUUGCAGUGGAAGCUAUAGCUAAAGCAUGCUAUGAACGAAUGUUCCGCUGGCUAGUUAACAGAAUAAAUCGAUCACUUGAUCGGACCAAGAGACAAGGGGCAUCCUUCAUUGGAAUUUUGGACAUUGCAGGAUUUGAAAUUUUUGAGAUUAAUUCCUUUGAACAACUGUGUAUCAACUACACCAAUGAAAAGUUGCAACAACUCUUCAAUCACACCAUGUUCAUCCUGGAACAAGAAGAAUAUCAAAGAGAAGGAAUUGAGUGGAAGUUUAUUGACUUUGGACUAGAUCUCCAACCUACGAUAGAUCUUAUUGAAAAGCCUAUGGGAAUCUUUGCCUUAGUGGAUGAGGAAUGUUGGUUCCCAAAAGCCACAGAUAAGACCUAUGUGGAAAAACUUAUCAAUUCUCACAACACCCACCCCAAGUUUGUGAAAACUGAUUUCCGUGGAACAGCUGAUUUCAGUGUCAUACAUUAUGCUGGCAAGGUGGACUACUCUUCCAAUAAAUGGCUGAUGAAGAACAUGGAUCCUUUGAAUGAGAAUGUUGUGUCAUUAUUACAGUGUGCUCAGGAUCCAUUUAUUGUACAGAUUUGGAAGGAUGCUGAGAUUGUAGGAAUGGGAGCAGCCACUAUGUCUGAUACUGUGUUUGGAUCACGGACCAGAAAAGGAAUGUUCAGAACAGUCAGCCAACUUUACAAGGACCAACUGGCUAAGUUGAUGGUCACGUUACGAAACACCAAUCCUAAUUUUGUCCGAUGUAUUAUCCCCAAUCUUGAGAAAAGGGCUGGUAAGAUUGAAGCACUUCUGGUGUUGGAUCAAUUACGCUGCAAUGGGGUUCUAGAAGGAAUUAGGAUCUGUCGUCAGGGCUUUCCCAACAGGAUUCCCUUCCAGGAGUUCAGACAGAGGUAUGAGCUCCUUACUCCUAAUGCCAUACCUAAAGGCUUUAUGGAUGGAAAAUUGGCUUGUGAAAAGAUGAUUCAAGCCUUAGAUCUUGAUCCUAACCUGUACAGGGUUGGUCAGAGUAAGAUCUUCUUCAGAGCUGGGGUGCUAGCACAUCUGGAAGAGGAGCGAGACAUGAAGAUUUCUGAUUUGAUCAUUCAGUUCCAGGCGUUCUGUCGUGGCCUUAUUGCUCGAAGAAACUACCAGAAGCGACUACAGCAGUUGAAUGCUAUUCGUAUCAUUCAAAGAAACUGUGCUGCCUAUCUUAAGUUGAGAGACUGGGCUUGGUGGAGACUAUAUACUAAGGUGAAACCUCUCCUUCAAGUUACUAAACAAGAAGAGAAGCUUACUGAAAAAGAAGAUGAACUGAAGCAAGUCAAAGAGAAAAUGGAAAAAGUUGAACAAGAAACAGUGGAACUUGAAAAGAAACUUCAGCAGCUUGAUGGUGAGAAGAAUAUGUUGGCAGAGCAACUCCAGGCAGAAACCGAGUUGUGCGCUGAAGCUGAGGAGAGCAGAUUAAGGCUUGCCUCAAGAAAACAAGAGCUGGAGGAGAUCCUUCAUGACCUAGAAGCUAGAAUAGAGGAGGAAGAAGAGCGAAACCAAAACCUUACAGUUGAAAAAAAGAAACUGCAACUGAACAUUCAAGAUUUAGAAGAACAAUUAGAGGAAGAAGAAGCAUCACGUCAGAAGUUGCAACUGGAGAAGGUGAGCCUGGAUUCUAAGAUGAAAAAACUUGAAGAAGAUUUAGCUUUGAUGGAAGACACCAACCAAAAGUUAUCUAAGGAGAAGAAAGCUUUUGAAGAUAGACUGGGUGAACUUUCUCAAGGCCUUGCUGAAGAAGAAGAAAAGUCUAAGCACCUGGGUAAACUGAAGUCCAAAUAUGAAGCAAUUAUUGCGGACUUAGAGGAGCGUCUUCGAAAGGAACAACAGAUGAGACAAGAACUAGAACGGAUUAAACGAAAACUAGAAACUGAACUGAAUGACGUAAAAGAACAGCUCAAUGAAAAGAAAUUACAAGUGGAAGAACUACAAAACCAGCUGGCUAAACGUGAAGAGGAAUUGAAUCAAACUCUUGUCAAGUGUGAUGAGGAAGCAGCAGCUAAAGUUCAGGCUCAGAAGUCACUGCGAGAGAUUGAAAGUCAACUGGCUGAGGUUCAAGAAGACUUAGAGUCUGAGAAAACAUCCAGAAUGAAAGCUGAAAAACAGAAACGGGACUUGAAUGAGGAACUGGAGGCUCUGAAAAAUGAACUGCUGGACUCACUGGACACAACUGCAGCACAGCAAGAUCUUAGGACAAAGCGUGAACAAGAACUGGCUAUGUUAAAGAAAACCCUAGAAGAUGAAGCUUCCACUCACGAAAACCAGAUCGGUGAGAUCCGGCAGAAACAUAAUCGUGCCAUAGAAGAACUUAAUGAUCAGCUUGAAGCAGUUAAAAAGGCCAAAUCUUCCCUGGAUAAAGUGACUGCCAACUUACAAACAGAAAAUAAUGACAUGGCUAAUGAACUAAAAGCUGUUACAGCAGCUCGGCAAGAGGCUGAUCGCAAGAAGAAGCAGUUUGAAAGUCAGGUACAGGAGAUGGGAAUGAGGCUUGCGGAUCUGGAAAGAGAGAAAAUUGAGGCAGCAGAACGUAUACUAAAGUUACAAGCUGAGGUGGAAGCAGUGAACUCCCAGCUUGAAGAAAUGGAUAGUAGAACUACACAAGCAGCAAAGAGCACCAGCACACUUGAGAGCCAGCUUAGUGAAGCUCAGGAUCUUCUACAAGAAGAGACAAGACAGAAAUUAGCCCUCAGUUCUAAACUCAGACAGUUGGAGAGUGAUAGGGAUAAUCUUCAAGAACAACUAGAAGAAGAGGAGGAGGCAAAGAAAAGCUUUGAAAAACAAGUUUCUUCAUUGAAUCUGCAGAUGCAAGAAUUGAAGAGAAAAGCAGAUGAGGCAGAGGAACUCUCUACUACUUUGGAAGAGCAGAGGAAGAAGAUGGGUAAAGAUUUGGAAGCUCUCCAGAGACAGUUAGAAGAAUUGCAGUCCUUAAAUGAUAAACUGGAGAAGUCAAAAAAGAAGCUUCAAUCUGAGGUAGAAGAUUUGAAUGUGGAAUUGGACAGCCAGAGAGCUAAAGUGUCAGAACUUGAGAAAAAGCAGAGGAAGUUUGAUCAAAUGUUAGGUGAAGAGAAGGCUGUGUCUGAGACAAUUGCACAGGAGAGAGACAAUGCUGAACGAGAAGCUAGAGAGAAGGAAACAAAGAUUUUAUCUCUAACUCGUGAUUUAGAAGAAAAGCAAGUUCUGUUGGAAGAACAGGAACGACUUCGUAAGACGCUGCAGUCAGAAUUAGAUGAGUUAAUGAACAGCCAAGGCACUGCUGAUAAAAAUGUACAUGAACUGGAGAAGGCAAAGCGUGUGUUAGAGAGCCAGUUGACAGAACAGAAAACUCAGAUUGAAGAACUUGAAGAUGAACUCCAGCUGACAGAGGAUGCAAAGUUGAGACUCGAGGUUAACAUGCAAGCUCUUAAGUCACAGUAUGAACGAGACCUCCAAGCCAAGGAUGAGCAAGCUGAGGAGAAGAGAAGAGCACUAAUCAAACAGUUGCGGGACCUGGAGGCAGAACUUGAAGAUGAGAGGAAGCAAAGAGGAGCAGCCAUCAAUGCCAGAAAAAAACUGGAAGGUGACUUUAAGGAUUUGGAACAACAGUUGGAAAUGGCUAACCGUCUGAAGGAAGAUGCCAUCAGGCAGCUGAAGAAACUUCAGAAUCAAUUGAAGGAUUAUCAGCGAGAUGCUGAAGAGGCACGCCAAUCUCGUGAUGACUUGAUUGCCCAGGCUAAGGAAAUGGAAAAGAAGUUGAAGAGCAUGGAAGCUGAGUCAAUUCAGCUACAGGAAGAUCUAGCAAAUUCAGAGCGGGCUCGUCGCACUGCUGAAGCUGAGAGAGAUGAACUACAGGAGGAAGUUAAUAACAAUGCUUCCCGAAGUUCACUCCUGCAGGAGGAGAAGAGGCGUCUAGAGGCAAAAAUCCAGCAAGUGGAGGAAGAAUUGGAAGAAGAACAGGGCAAUUCUGAAAUAAUGAUGGAGAAAGCUCGCAAAGCCCAGACUCAGAUUGAGCAGUUGUCAACAGACCUGGCAACUGAGAGAUCUACAUCUCAGAAGUUGGAGAAUAACAGAAUGUUGCUUGAAAGACAGAACAAAGAGCUUCGAGCCAAGCUUCAGGAGUUAGAAACAUCUCAACGUGCCAAGACUAAGUCUGCCAUUGCUGCUCUUGAAUCAAAGAUUGCUCAACUUGAGGAACAGUUAGAUGUCGAAACAAAAGAGCGCCAGACAGCAGCAAAAGCCUCACGAAAAAUAGAAAAGAAAAUGAAGGAGGUGGUGAUGCAGUUGGAGGAUGAACGACGUCAUGCCGACCAGUAUAAAGAACAAGUAGAUAAGGUGAACAAUCGAGUCAAGGCACUGAAGCGUCAACUGGAUGAAGCUGAAGAAGAAUGUUCCCGAGAAAAAGCCCAGCGACGUAAAGCUCAGCGAGAACUUGAGGAUAUGACCGAAUCUAAUGAGGCAAUGUCUCGAGAAUUAUCCAACCUGAAAAAUAAAUUAAGACGAGGAGCAGGUUCCUCUACGGGAAGUUCUUCAUCCCUAACAUCAUCUCGUUACCUUAAACGGGGCUCUCUGACUUCAUCUGGAAGCGUUGGUGGAGAUGAAAUCACCCUAUCACUACAGGAUGAAUCCCCUACUGGUGACACACAAGCAUAAUAAGCCUUUUGCCUUGCCUAAUGUCCACCAGCUGGUUAUUAAAAUACAAAAUGAAAGCAUAAGAUUGUGUGUUGUGUGCUUAAGAGAGGAUUGGAUUAGAAUAUUUUGGCUGUCAAGCAAUGUUAAAUUAACAUUCCUAAAACUAAUAAACUGAAUAUACUUUUUAAUUGGACUAAACUAUGCUAGAGUACAACGAACGUUGCUCCUUGUAACCACCUGUUACACAAAGUUAAAGUAUUCUUCAAUUAAUCCUAAGUAAGUUAACAUUUUAAAGUUAUAUGAUUUAAAGUUGAUCUGUAUUUAUAUUACACCAUAUUUGUUUGUUUGUUUUUUAAAUAUUGCUUAAAGCUACUUUCAAAUUAGAUUAUAAACAUACCUUAUUGUAUAGUUUAUUAGAAAUCAGUUAUACAAAGUCGUCAGGCAGGGAGUCCAUACUAUUCAUCAUUAACAUGAGUAUUACAAAUUUGUGACAAUAAAAAAGUUUUUCCUAUUGGUCAAAGUCGUCAAAAAUCAAUAAUUACAUGAGCUAAGCAGAUUGAUAAUAUAGAUUUUAUGAAGUGUUACUGCAUUAAUUUUGACUAUGAUAUAUCCCAGGAAGUAUUUAAUUUGUACUGUUAACAGAAUUAUAUGUAUGUGUAUAUAGCAUCAAUUAUUUUAUGAAUUACUUAAAUAGUAUUAAUUUCGUGUGGCAAACCAGCUUAGUUUGAUAAUAUAUGUGUUAUUAUAAGAUUAAGUAUUUUUGAGGGAUGAUUACCCCAUAAAGGUUUGUCAUCUACUUUUAAAGCCAUUAUCACAAUAUUAAACUUCAGGAUUAUGGAGAACUAAAAGACUCAAAAUUGAUUUGUGUAAACUGUUUUCCUUUGAUAGUAAAAUGUAUGGUUAAAAAUUAUUAGGUAUUUUUUAUCCAGUUUAUAACCAAAAUUAGACAAUAUUUAAUAAAAUUACCUAUGGUAUUGGAGUAAUCAUAUCAGUUAAGCACAUGUGGUUACAAGCUUUCCCUUUUUUUGUUUUUAUUUUUUAGAAGUACUUAUAUUUCAACAGCAAAAAAGAAAAAGAAACUGACGAAUGAUGUAAUAAUACUGUGUUCAAAUAGAAGUGCAUAAGAUUAGAUCAAAGAAAGUUAUUUUCAUAACUGACCUGGACAUGUAUUUGCAUGUCUUGACUUCUUCACCACAGCUUUGACGUUUAUGGAUUUUUUUGUUAAUUUUUUUUAAAUUAAGAUUUAUUUGCAACAAUUUGUGCUAUUAAUAUCUAUGUUUUGUUGUUCUUGUUUGUGAAACACUAACAUGUCUACUAUAGGAUAACAAGAUAAUUCAUUAAUUAUUGUAUUGGGCUGGAUGAGGAAUAUGUGAUGGAAAAAAGAUAAGAUUGUAAGUAGGUGUUAUUCAUUAGUUACCUAAUCACACCUACUGAAAUGGUGCUGUUUGUACACAGUUAAUAAUUAAUUAUUUUAAGCAUUAUAUUUAAUACUUUUGUAUUUAUGUGGGCCAAUUUCAACUCUGCAAAUGCUAAUUGAAUUCAUAGUGAUUUUGGGAGUAUUGUUUUUUUUUUUUACUUUUUUUUAAGAUUAUGAAGCCAAAUAAUUCAAUAUAUUAUAAUCAAAUGGAACUUUUGUUUUAAGUAAUGUGUUUUUAUUUAAGAUUUGUUGAAAUAAUUUUCAAAUUGUUUCUGCUUUGUUUUGAUUUGAAUAUAAGAAAAGUGUAUUAGUCACAUUAUACCCAAAUCCUCAGUGUCCACAGAAGUGCUGUACGAUCCUAAUAAUGAUUUUCUGAUCCUGUUUGUAAUAUAUAUAUAUAUUUAGAAUACCAUUCUUCAAAUAUCAGACUAUUGAUAUGUAUUUCUUGAACAGUAUCCACAAUAAGUCUGCCUGUCCAAAAAUUGGGCUUGAAACAUAUUGGUGCCUUUUUUUUUAUAAUCAUUCCAUAUACUUUGAUAAUUUUAAUGUUUGAGCAUUUUUGGGAAAAACAUUUGCUGUGACAUCAGUCCAGUAUGUAGUUGUUUUAUUUUUAUGUAUUUGAUAAAAAAAAAAGGUUUAUGGUUUGUAAGCAAUCAAUUCUAAAAAAAAAGUAUUUGGGAUUAUCAAGAGCUGUGUGAAAUUACAAUUUAUAACAUCAUCUGGACAGUAUUAAAGAAAAUUAUUUUUAUUAUUUCAGAUGCAUUACAAGAAACAAAA